AUGAGCAACAGAGUGUAUGAAAGUGCUUUACGGCUUCAUUACCAUAUAGAGUCAACUCUCCAUCGUGUUAAAUCAGAGCUACACGAGAAAGACAUCCAGAAGGCCAUCGAUGAUUACAAGGCCUCUACACAGCAGACAACUCCAAUCAUAUACAGACAGGCAACUCUCCCAGAGAUCCCUCUCCCAACAUUCGCAGGCGACUCAUCAACGUGGACGCAGUUUCGGGACAUGUUUACGUCCCUCGUUCACGAUCGGGAAGAUCUCAGACCAGUAGCCAAACUACACUACCUGAAGGCCAACGUAUCAGGUCCCCCACUUCAACUGAUCCGUCAUGCUGUAAUGAAUGAUGAUGGGUAUGAGCCAGCAUGGAAUCAGCUCGAGGCCAGGUACGAUGAUCCAGAACAACUCAUCUUUGCCCACAUCAAGGACCUGUUCAGUGUGACCACACCAUCAUCAAAGUUAGCUGAACAACUCGACAACCUGGUAGGAGUAGUACGGCAAAACUUGGAUGCCUUAAAGGCUCUCAAUGUACCUGUAGACGCUGCAAAUUACUUUCUGGUGUACCUGGUGGCCAGUAAACUUGAGCAGCCGCUACGUGAGUCAUGGGAACUCGAGCGAAGUAGGUCUCGCUCACCGACAACUCUAGACAGUCUACUCAACUUCAUCUCAACCAGGGCACGUGCGAUGGAGUCAACUCAAGAUGCAGCCCGUCAAGCAAAACGGUGGCCUACUCCAGUGAUCACCAGAAGGUUCAGAUCACAACAACAGUCUACUCACCAGCAGACGACUCACCCACAGACAACUCGAGCCUCCAGGCAUGGGGCUCAAAAACGACAAGCAGACUACCCGUGUGAUCAAUGCAGCAGUUUGGAUCACUAUUUGGUUGACUGCAAAGCGUUCGCAGGACUUUCACAACAAGAAAGGAGUAAAGAAUGCUUCUCUGAUGACUCGACGGAAAGGAUGACCUUAGCACAUGAGGUUUCGGCCUCAGGAGGGUUGAGGGUCCUGGAAGAAGAGUCAGAAGGUCUCGUUCGAUCUCCUACAGCUAAAGAAAAGAGUCAAACUCACACUAGUCAACUCUCAGACGACUCACAUGAUUCAACAAUCACCAAGAACACUACAGACAACUCAGAUAUCCAUGGAAGACUCUCUUCAGCACUCAGGGCAGCAGAAGAUCCAUGCACUAACGAGUCUCCAGUUCAAUCAGUCAGCUCAGCAGUCUUACUCGCCACAGCUAAUGCAGUAUUACUCUCAGACUACUCUCAGCUUCCAGUAAGACUCCUGAUAGACUCAGGGUCUGAGCUGACGUUCAUCUCAUCAAGUGUGGUAAAGACUUGUCAUAUCCAACGUCGUCCGUCAGUGAUAUCAGUGCUGGGAAUUGGUAACGAACCAGCUGUACAAACUAGAGGAGUGACAACAGUGACACUUAGAUCAACUCACACACAGGAGCAAGUUACAAUUAAUGCUCAUAUCCUCAAAUGUGUCACUGGUACUUUACCAACCAGACAACUCAAGGAACUCAACUGGUCAGCUCUCAACUCUCUGCAACUUGCUGAUCCAGACUACUCAACUCCAAGACCCAUUGACAUCUUAAUAGGAGCAGAUUGUUAUGGUCUGAUUGUGAAAGCGGGCAUCAAACAAUGUCCUCAGUCAUCGCUAAUAGCCCAAGAUUCAAUUUUUGGAUGGAUGCUCAUUGGAAGUCCACAACCGACAAGAUGCUCAAGUCAGAGAACUCAUCACGCAGCGAGGGUCAACUCAUACCAGCAAGUAUCUGAUAUCUUGACAAAAUUCUGGGUUCAAGAAGAAGUUCGAGAGACCUUAGCCAGCCAACUCAGCCCAGAUGAUCGAUCUUGUGAAGAUCAUUAUGUUGCGACUCAUUCAAGAGAUCAAGAUGGGAGAUAUAUUGUGAGAAUACCAGUAAAAGCAUCACCAUCUUUUCUAGGCAACUCAUCAGCGAGAGCUCAUCAGUGUUUACUACACAUGAUCAGACGACUCACAAAGAAUGACUCAUAUGCACAACUCUAUCACAACUUUAUGCAAGAAUACGAGUCACUGAACCACAUGACACGAGCCAAGGCAAGUCCAGUCAACUCUCCAGUGUAUUAUUUGCCUCAUCAUGGUGUCUCAAGAGAAGACAGUGUUACUACAAAACUCCGUGUAGUAUUUAAUGGCUCUAGUCCAUCUUCUAGUGGUCUGUUAGUGAACGACAUUCAACAUACUGGUGCCAAAGUCCAAAAAGACAUUGCAGACGUACUCAUUUGGAUCAGGCAGCAUAAAUUUGUAUUUACAUCAGACAUCACAAAGAUGUACAGACAAAUCAAGGUACAUCAAGAUGACUGGGAUCUCCAGAGAAUCCUGUGGGUGGACGAGCACUCCAAGAUAAUCCCAUAUCAACUCACAACGGUCACGUAUGGAACCAGGUCAGCUCCAUUUCUGGCUGUUCGUACAAUGAUCCAGCUAGUAAAGGAUGAAGGUCAUAAGUUCCCUCUAGCUGUUGAUCCACUACUAAAAGGAAGAUAUGUGGACGACAUUUUUGGAGGUGCUGACACAGUGAGUCAACUGAUAGACAUCUCAACCCACGUCCGACAACUUUGCAUGGCAGGUGGCUUCGCGUUGGCGAAAUGGCACAGCAACUCACUUCAAUUCCUUCAAUCAAUUACAGACAACUCAUCAGAAGAGCAGAUCCACUCAUUUGAGAGCAGCAAAACAAAAUUACUUGGGCUCUCGUGGAUUCCAGCGAACGACUCAUUUAAGUUCAACUCAAAACCUCCUCGUGAGAAGUCCAAGCUCACAAAGAGAAUAAUUUUAUCAGAAACAGCACAACUCUACGAUCCACUUGGAUUUCUAGCACCCUUCAUUGUCAGAGCAAAGAUGUUGCUACAAGAAAUCUGGCUAGAUAAACUUUCAUGGGAUGACCAAGCCCCAGAUCACAUCAUCACCAAGUGGAACAGCUUCAAAUCAGAACUCUCACAUGUUUCAGACCUCUCAAUUCCACGAUGGUUAAAGAUUACUCAGAAAUCGACCGUGGAACUUCAUGGUUUUUCAGACGCCUCACAAGCAGCUAUGGCAGCUGUUGUUUACAUACGGGCUACUCAUCCAGAUCAUGGAACUCGUUCAACUAUAGUCUGCUCAAAGUCUAAGGUUGCUCCAUUGAAGAAGAUGUCAAUUCCCAGACUCGAACUCACAGCAGCAUUGCUGCUUGCCAGACUAAUCACUUAUGUAAGGACCAACUUAGACAUUCAGCCAACUCAACUCGUAUGUUGGACAGACUCCUCAGUGACUUUGACCUGGAUUCAGUCUCACUCAUCCCGUUGGAAGGAGUUUGUAAGAAACAGAGUGUCAGCAAUUCAAGAUCUCACUCCAAUCAGCGUUUGGAGGUUUGUACCUGGCAAACAAAAUCCAGCGGAUUGUGCUUCUCGAGGUAUCAGCAUAUCCCAGCUUCGGAAGCACCCCCUGUGGUGGACAGGACCACAGUGGUUAACAGCAGACGAAUCAUUAUGGCCAACUCAAUCAUCAGUCCAACUCCUCAGACGAGUACCGCAGUCAUCUCUCACCUUCCCUCUCACGCCACAAGAAUUAGAGAGAGCAAGGAUUUUUUGGAUAAAGGCAACUCAAGAAUCGUACUUCUCACAGGAAAUCAAGCAGAUCAACUCAAAUUCACUGCCCGUCUCACACCCCCUCGCACGAUUGACAGCAUUUAUUGACACUCAAGGAGUCAUACGUGUUGGAGGAAGGUUAGCAAAUGCUAGCUUGGACCAAGAAGCAAAGCAUCCUGCAAUCCUACCACAGAAAACUCAUCUUUCCAGACUAAUCAUUGCAGAUGCUCAUGAAAGAACAUUGCACGGUGGGACGCAGGCAACUCUGAACCUUAUACGGUCAUCGUACUGGAUCAUUGGCGGACGACUCCCAGUACGAUCCUAUAUUUAUCAUUGUAUGAAAUGUGCUCGUUUACGUGGCGAACGAGCGAAGCAGUUAAUGGGUCAAUUGCCGUUAUCAAGAAUCACUCCAGCCCGACCAUUUGCCGUCUGUGGUGUGGAUUACGCUGGUCCCAUCACGCUAAAGACUUGGAAAGGCAGAGGCGCCAAAACAUCUAAGGGUUGGAUGUGCAUUUUUGUGUGCUUCGUUACUUCUGCACUUCAUUUAGAAAUUGUAACAGAUUAUUCAGCAGACUCAUUUAUUGCAGCGUUUAGACGGUUCACUCGACGUCGAGGUGUCUGCAGAACUCUUCACAGUGAUUGUGGCACCACAUUCCAAGGCGCAGACACGCUCAUCAGACAACUCUUCACGCAGGGGACUCAACAGGCCAGUCAACUCGCAGCUGUAUUUGCAAAGGAUGGAACUGAUUGGAAGUUUAAUCCACUAGCUGCACCAUAUAUGGGAGGAAAAUGGGAAGCUGCAGUCAAAUCAGUAAAGUUUCAUCUUCACAGAACGAUAGGCGACUCAAACUUUACAUAUGAAGAGCUUUCCACACUGCUUGUCCAGAUAGAAGCAGUCCUUAACUCCAGACCACUCGAGCCUCUCUCAGCCGACUCUACAGACAUUUCAGCGUUAACUCCAGCACACUUCUUGAUUGGUAAAGUGCUCAUAACAUUACCAGAGCCUUCACUUGAAGAUGGAUCCCUACGGAGUUGCGGUUUCACAUUGCCCACCUCCCUUGUCAGAGUGAGAUUAAUGCGUCGGUGGUCCGACAGAGUUUCCUCUUCGUCCAAUAUGCUGGUGGCGAAUUAA